AUGGAAGGGAUUGCCGCAUAUGGUGUAGGAUUUAAGCCUCCGUCAAUGCAUGAGUUGAGGACUUGGAUCCUUAAGGAAGAAGUUGGCGACAUUAAUACGAUGAUGGAAGAACAUAAGAAAACUUGGGCAGAGUAUGGAUGUACUAUUAUUUCUGAUGGUUGGACUGAUGAUGAUGUUGUCAAAGAAGUUGGAGAGGAGCAUGUCAUUCAAGUAAUAACAGAUAAUGCUUCCAAUUAUAAGAAUGCUGGAGUGAAACUUAUGGAGAAGAGGAAGAAGUUAUGGUGGACUCCAUGUGCUGCCCACUACAUUGAUUUGAUGUUAGAAGAUAUUAGCAAAAUGAAAGUUUUUGAAGAUACAAUUAGACUAGCCAAGCAAGUAGUGAAGUUUAUUUAUGGGCAUACAUGGGUUCUUGCUUUGAUGAGAUCUUUCACAAAAAACAAAGAGAUAAUUCGCCCUGCAAUCACACGGUUUGCCACUUCUUAUCUUACUCUUCAAAGCAUCUAUAAGCAAAAGCAACCUCUUCAGGCAAUGUUUUCUUUUAGAGAAUGGCAUAAUGGACCAUUUGUCUAA